AUGGGAUUUCUUUUUAUUCUUGUUAUUGGAAUAUUAGCUUAUCUUGGAUAUCUUAUUUAUAAGAAGGAAUUAACAUGGCCUAUUAAAGAGUCAAUUAUUUAUAAAAAGGUAUUAGACUUGAUUGAACAAGUAAAUGCUACAAACAAAGAAAGCCAAAAACAUCUUAAAACUGAUGAAAUUACUUCUCCUAAAACAGAAGAGAACCAAAAUAAAAAUGCAACAAAAACAAAAUCUGGUGAUAAUGUAGUUCAUGUACCAAAACCAAAAGGAGAUGAACCAGUUAUAGAAGAUAGACCAAAUGGUAAGAAAGAAGUUGUUUCUGGUGAUAAAAGUAUUUUGAUUGAUCGAAUUAAAUCAAAACACUUUGAUCCAGUUGAUCAAAAAUUUAGUGAAGCUACUCGACUAAGGGAGGAAUACGUCAAAGCUAAAGAGGCUAAAUCACCAGAAAGAGAUGAGUUAUUUAAAAAGUAUGAGGCUACUAGAAAUGAAGCAGAAGAAAUGAAAAAGAAAGCAACGAUUGCCAUUUUUGAAGAAGUUAAUAUUUAUAUGGUUGAUGAAGAUGCUAUCGAUUUACAUGGUCUUCAAAUAGAAGGAGCUCUUGCUAUGGUUAAAGAUCAAAUUAACAAAAGAAAAACAGCUGGAAAGUCAAUUAUUAAAGUUCAAUGUGGAAUGGGUCAUCAUAACACUGUUGGAUUCUCUAAAAUUAAAGAGGCUGUAGUUAAAUAUUGUCAAGAUGAAAAAUUAUCGUUUACUGAAGACAAGGAACAUGGAUUUGUAAACAUUUCAUUAUAA